UGUAAAUAUAAAUUUCAGUGGCAAACGAGUAAACAACAUGAAACGGUGCGUUCUGCUGUGCGCAUUCCUUCUCCUGGGAUUUGAGCCCAUACAAGCGGAAGUGGACCAAAGCACGCUGGCGGCCCUGCAGAUUCACAAAAAUCUCAAUAGAUCCCAAGAGGCCUGCUCGAAUUUCUGGAACUAUGCCUGCGGCAAUUAUUCAGCAUCCGACGGCGCCAAGUAUGUGGAUAACUUUGAGCUGGUGGAGGAUCAGUACGCCCAGGACAUGGUGGAGUUUAUGGAGGGUGAUUUGGAGUUCGUGGACAGUGAUGUGCAGUUGAAUGAAGGACCAGCGCUGCGUUUGUUGGCCCAAAUGCGAACCUAUUACAAUGCCUGUACCAAUGAUUCCCAAACGGACUGGCCGGAGGAAGAUUUCCAUUCGCUGGAGUCCAAUGAGUGGGCGGUCGAAACGGCCAAGUUCCGUAGGCAUGGAUUGAAUGCUGUUUUCUUUGACGAGCGCGUAGAUGUGGCCUACAACGAUUCGCUGCGUUCGGUUGUGCAGCUCAAGAUGCCAGCUCCCAGCAGCAGCUACAGCGAGCGGCGUGCCCUGCAGCUCCUAAAACUCAAUCACUCUGGCAGCGAGGCAGAAGUCUCCAGGCUGGUGGAGCAGCUGCGGCAACUGGAAGCAAAGCACCGCCAAGAGGAGCCUCUGGUGCAGUCCUGGACACUGGCGGAUCUUGAGCAGAAAAUACCACAAAUCAACUGGCAGGCGUACUUCCACGAGCUGCUUUCGGGGCACCUGAACGGCGUACUCUUCGAGGUCACCGAUGUGGACUACUUGCGUGAGCUUGGGCAGCUGUUGGGAAAUACCAGCAGAAGCACCAUCAAUCUCUAUCUGCGUCUGCGUCUCACCGUUCUGCUGAAGCAGACGGGUCCGGCCAGGCGCAGCCCGAAGACCUGCAUUCACCACAUGCGCGCCCUGCUGCCCUUGGGCAUGAACUACCUGUACAAUCGUUACGUGUACAAGAACAGAAACCUGGUGGACAACAUUCAGCUGCUGGAGAUCUUCGAUAGCCUGAAGGGUAUGUUUGGCAACCUAGAGGCCAAUCGCCUGCAGCUAAGCCCAGCCCAACUGUCGUAUGUGAGGGAGAAGCUGUCGACCAUGAAGCUGAGAGUGGGAAAUCUACCAGAGGAGACGUCACCUGCCUUCUAUGACAGCCACUAUGAAAGUGCCAAUUUCUCGGACUCUCAUCAUCUGGACAAUGUCCUCGAGGCGCUGAGUCUGCGCACUCGACUCCAGCACGAUGUGCUCCGGCUGCCACACUCCCGGUUGGAUCUGCGCCGCUACUAUGUCAACGAUGAUGUGGUCAAGGCUCGUACCUCGCCCUUCUACGAGAACGAGCGGAACACGAUCACUGUGCCCUUGAUCUUUCUGCAGUUUCCCCUCUUCGAUCACCGCCAGCACUCCAUUUUCCAGUACAGCUUGAUGGGAGGAGUCCUGGCACACGAGCUGAGCCAUGCCUUCGAACACGAGGGCAUCCUCUUCGAUGCCGAUGGCAAUGAGUCGCCAGUGGGAUUGCAGAUUCGCGACACGAAGACCUUCCAGAAUGCCAUCAAUUGUGCGGCCCAGACGCCCGCAGUGUCACUGAAGGAGCGCUUGGCCGAUCUCAAUGGCCUCCAGCUAGCCUACGAUACCUUUUUCGGCAUGGAUCACAACUCCCAGCUCUACACAUAUCGUCCCUAUGCAUUUGAGAGCGAAUUCCAAGCACCGCAGCUAUUCCACCUGAGCUACGCGCAGUUCUUCUGCGGCAUCCUGCCGCCGGUGCUCGGUCAUGACAGGGACGAUGUGCGUGUCAAUGUGAACGUAGCAAAUUUACGUCAAUUCUCAUUGGAUUUUAAGUGUUCCCCGCCAGCAGUGCAGUCGCCCCCUGUGUGUGAAAUGUGGCGCCCAACAGCAUCAUCUACGUUGGUUUCAGCUUAAGUAUUCAAAUCAAUAAAAAGUAACACAUUGUCCAGGCUGAUCGACUGCUUGAUGCCAUGUAA